AUGAGGGUGAUGGGGAUGGGGGUGUCGAUGGUGACAGGUCUGAGUCGAAAGACGGGUCGGACGCAGAUCACGGUGUCGUCGGUGGAUAUGGAGAGACUGGAAUUAAUCCACUUCAUCCGGACGACGUUCAAGAAGAAGGAAUGCAUAUUCUACAAGAGGGAAUUUGGGAAGCGGUACCCCCACAAUUCCGAACCCUGUUUCUGUGGCUCGGCUGCCGAGGAGCACUUCACCAAGCAUAUCGAGGCACCGGUCGUAGAGAUCUCGAAGGACGAGGAAUGGCGAGAAAAGAUAGCGAUCCAGGAAUUCGACACGGACGCUUACGGCGACAUCGAAUUCCUGGAUGCAGGGACCUCCAAGCCCGCCAAAUACGUCCGACUCGCGGACACGGCCGACAUGGAGGACGUGAAGAAACUGCUGAUCGAUCACUGGAAACUCUUCGAUCCGGCCAUGCCGAAUCUCGUCAUCUCCAUCAUGGGCGGGGCCAAGAACUUCAAGCUGGACGGGAAGAAGAAGGACACCUUCAACGACGGUCUCAUCAAGGCAGCCAAGUCGACUCAUGCGUGGUUGCUGGCGGGAGGGCAAAACCUGGGUUGCUCCCGAAGUGUCGGUGAGGCAAUCAGGGAAAAUCAAUUCAUCGUCACGAAACGAGAUCGAAUGGUGCGAGCCAUUCAUGCCAUAGGGAUCUGUUCUUGGGGAUACGUGGAGGGGAACACGUUUCUGAUGAACGAAAACAACAUCAACGAUCCUGGGACAGCGUUCAAUCACGUGAAAUACAAAGCAAGCAACUCGGUGAAAACGGGUUUCCCUGUCUCACUUCAUCCUGAUUAUACUCAUUUUCUUCUCGUCGACGACGGAUUCCGGAAUUUCAACAGCAAAGGAGCUUCCGAACUCAGGACACGGCUGGAAGGAUACAUCCAAGACCCGAAGUUCAUGGGCAUCCCCCUCGUGGGUCUGUUGCUGGAAGGGGGGAUCGAAUCCAUCGAAGACAUCUCGAGACGGAUCAAGAAGAAGAUCCCGAUCGUGUUGCUGGAAGGGACGGGUCGAGCAGCCGACAUCCUUGCUUACGCUUAUAACCAUUACACCACCACUCACAACGAGGAGAGGGUCUUUAAGAAGAACCACAUGAAGAUCCUGGAAGAAAAACUUCUGCAGGCUUAUGGCAAGUACUUUCGGAGAAGACCGGACACACUGGAGAAGUAUCGAGAUAUGGUGCUGCAAUGCUGCAAGCAGGAAUCCCUCAUCAGCGUGUUCAACAUCAACACAGAUGACGACCUCGACCUGGUCAUUCUCUCCGCGCUCCUAAAGGGAGAACAAAGUGGAACUAAAUUGGAAAAAUUGAAAUUGGCCCUCAUGUGGAACAGACCCGACAUCGCCGAGGAACGAAUCUUCUCAGAGGACUUCCAACGUCCGGACGGAGCCCUGGACGAUAUGUUCACGGAUGCCCUUCUCCAGAGCCGAGUGGAAUUCCUUCAUCUUCUCCUUCACAAUGGCGUCAGCCUCUACGAUUACCUGACCGUCAAGAAACUCAGGGACCUUUACACCAAAAUCGCUCCGGAGUCAUCCUAUUUGAGAGACCUGCUGAGUUUGCAUCAGUCGUCUCGAGGAUCAGUGUACUUGCACAGUGUGGAACAACUUCUUCAGAGACUUUUGAGACAGUUCGUGAAUCCGAAAUAUGCCCAGGAUACUUACGAGAGGCACAAAGCCGACCCCAGCGAUAACUACGGGAAUCGCACCAAGUUCGACGAUCCAACAAUGGAACUGUUCAUUUGGGCUGUCUUGGGGAAUUACGUGGACGUGGCGGAAUUCGUAUGGGAUAGGUGUGCAAGUCCGAUAACCUGUGGAAUCGUGGCAGCUACCAUCUAUCAUGGCCUUUAUUCCUCUGUCAAGGCGGAUUCCACUCACCUCAAGGAAUUCUAUGAGGCCUGCAAAAAACGCUUCGAGGGACUCGCCGUCUCCGUGACGGAUAUAUGCUACGAAAUGGAUCGAGAUAAGGCGAUGGGCGUGAUCGAAAGGAGGAACGAGCAAUGGGGAGGGAUGAGUACAUUAGAAGUUGCCUUGAUCGGGAACGGGAGGACUUUCAUCGCCACUCAAUGUGCUCAAGAGUCCAUCGAUCAGUCUUGGAGACGAGGAAUGAAGUCGGCAUCGACGGCAUCCGUCCUUUUUGCUAUCCUCUUCCCAUUCGUCGUCUGGACCCGCCUCUUCGAAUUUCUUCCGCUGGGGGACACCGGGGGAGAACUCACUCCGUUUCAGAAGAUCCUCACUUUCUACAAGGCUCCGAUCACGAAAUUUGCUGGGAAUACUCUCUCUUACGUCUUCUUUCUGCUUCUUUAUUCCUACAUGAUCCUUUUUGACUUUGGCUGGGAGAUCCGAUAUACCGAGAAGGUCGUCCUCGCCUGGAUUGGCAUCUUCAUCAUCGAGGAGUUCCGAGAGGUCGCGACGAUGCCGUCGGGGACCAUCUCGGGGAAGCUGCGGGAUUGGUACGAUAGUGCAUGGAAUCGUUUCGAUUUCCUCGCUUACCUUCUGGCUGGAACGGCUUUCGGACUUCGUAAAUUCAGGGUCACUUUUGAAUAUGGCCGCAUUUGUUAUGCCUUAAAUACGGCCGUUUUCUACCUCCGUCUCUUGAGGGUCUACCACGCUCAUUAUCACCUGGGACCCAAGCUUGUCACCGUCUAUCGAAUGAUCAUCGACGUGGUCAUGUUCCUGUUUCUCCUCCUGGUUUUCAUCCUGGGCUACGGAAUCGCCAGUCAGAGUCUCAUCCGUCCCUACCGUCAGUUGAGUUGGGGGGUGGUAAGUGACGUCAUCUCCACCCCAUACUGGCAGAUGUAUGGGGAACUCCUUCUCGAGGAGUUGAAAGUGGAUAAGGACUCGACGUGCCCCCUGGGCAAUUCUGACAAGGAGAACUGUGAGAACUAUCAAAAGUACGAGUGGGUUGUUCCCAUCAUGCUAGGAAUCUAUCUCAUCAUCAGCAACGUUCUACUCCUCAAUCUUCUCAUCGCCAUCUUCGCAUAUGUAUUCGACGAGGUACACGAGCAUUCCAUGGAGAUCUGGAAGUAUGAGAUGUAUCGAUUGGUCCGUGAUUACGACGACAAACCUGGGCUUAUCCCUCCCUUCAUCAUCUUUGAACACGUCUAUCUCUUCUUGAAAUUCAUCUGGAAGAGAUGCUGCCGGAAAGAAAGAGAAGAUUUGACGAAAUUCAUGCAGAGAACCUUGGAGAUGCUGAAGAUCUUCGAAGCGGAAUCCCUGCAUCGGUACAGGUCUCAAAAGAAGGCUCAGGAAGCAAACAAGGCUGACAAACGGAUCAACAAAGUUCUCGAAAAGGCGGAAGAGAUAGCAAACAAGAUCGAAGGACUGGGUCGGGGGAUCUCGCAGACGGAUGAGGAGAGCGAAGAGAAGCGAAGGGCGCCUCCGAGGAGUGCCUUACUCAAACAGCAGGCUCUCAGGGAUCUCAUGAGACAAGUGGGGCUU